GUUAAGGCUGGUCUCAUCGAGACUAUUCAUGUCAAUACAAAGGAUCAAAUCGUGGACAUUUUAACUAAGACACUGAGUCACUAACAAUUUGAAGCUCUAUCAUCCAAAGUUGGGUGUUCAAGACUUUCACUUUCCAAUCUGAGAAAAAUAUCAGGAAAGGAAAUUUUACGGAUAAUGAUUACCUUUAAGUUUCUAAUUAUCUAAUAAUGAAGUUAUGUUAAAGUUCCUAAAUUAUCUAGGAACUAGGGCUUCUACGGUUAAUGUACAUAUAGUCUCAUUAAGAUCAAUACAAGUUUUCAGUUUACAAUUCAUCUCAAGUUUACAUAGAGAGAGUGCAGCAGGGUUAGGUCGUCGGAUUUGGCAAUGUCGUCCACAUCCAUAGCUUCCGGUCAAGAACCACCGUCGAAUAAGCCGCCGGUGAUAGAACCGACCUUAAUUCUGCAACUUCCAGAUGACUUAGUAUUGAGUUGCUUAGCACAUGUCUCCAGAUUGCACUACCCCAUUCUCUCACUCGUCUCCAAGACCUUUCGAUCCUUCACUUCUUCACUGGAGCUUUACCAGACCCGGUAUCUCUUAAACCGCACAGAGGGGUGUCUCUAUGUGUGCUUGCAGUUCCCUAACGAGCCUAACCUUCGUUGGUUCACUCUCUGUCGGAAACCAGAUAAAACCCUUAACAAGAAGAAGAAUACGACACAGUCAUCAAGUGGUAAUAUUUUGGCUCAGGUUCAGAUUCUCAACUCUCCUCCCGUGGAAUGGUCAGACUCAGAUAUAGUAGCUGUUGGCCAUAAGCUCUACGCCAUCAACAAAGAAGACGAUGUCUCCUCCUCCUCUUCUAACGUCUUCUUCCUCGACUGCCGAACGCACACGUGGGUCGAAACGCCAAGCUUGCGGUUUGCUCACACCAAUCCAGGAAUAGAUGGGAUGAUGUAUUUAGCAGGAAGCUACGAGAAUCCAGAUUCUUUGAACUGUGUUCAAGUGUUGGACACAAAGAAUCAAACUUGGAAGGCCGUGCCUGAGGACAAGAGGAUAUUCAGAGACACAGAUUUUGAAGGAAAGGUUUACAAGAACCUUGAUGGGGCGUCUGGCAAGAGAUCCUCUUUGGUUCUAAAGCUAAAGGAUUCUACAAUCGACUUGGUAGGGUCUGGUACUGUAUGUGUGAUAGAGAAAAGAUUCUAUUGUUAUCUAUCCACUGGAGUGUUUCUUUGGUCUAACAGUGAGAUUAAAUCAUUUGGUUUGAAGAAAGUACAAGGUUUGGAAGGACUGCCUAAGUUUGGCCAUUAUACCAAUGUUAAAUUGGUUGAAUGUGGUGGUAAGAUGGUGGUGUUUUGGGAUAAGUAUGUGCCGGCACGUGGUAGGUAUAAGGAGAAGAUGAUUUGGUGUGCUGAGAUCUCGCUGGAAAUGCGCAGCAGUGAAGAGGUUUGGGGAAAGGUUGAAUGGUUCGAUGCUGUGCUUACAGUACCCAAGUCUUAUAAAUUCGUGUAUGCUAUUGCAGCUACCGUUUGAUUAGCUACUCAUGAGACAGGUUUAAAGGGAAUGAAUCAGGUUAUUUUUUUCUUAGUACUUAGUAUGUCCUGAAUCUUGGAGAUUAGUCUACUCUUUGAUGAAUGACUCAUGAGAAAAGCGGCUUCGUCUUGUAGUGGUUUACUUUCUUUUGUAUGUGACUAUGAUGUGUGCGUUUGUAGCGGACAAUGGUUCACUUCUAACCUAUGCAUUCACUUUUAGCUUUGUGUCUUUGAAAUCAUUUUUAUACAACCAUGAGAAUAGUUAUAGUCUCAUUUUUCUGUCACUCGGCUACUUUAAAGUUGCAGAAGAAAAUGUGGUUUGAUUAAGCGUACGUUCAUGUAUUUGUUUGUGUAAAAUAGUUGAAAAAUAAUUUAACAUAUAAUUUUUGACUAAAAAAUUCACUUUAUUCUUGAAUUUUUAUCAUCGCUAUUCAGACUUGAAUCGAUAGAAUAUGAAACCAUUAUUCAUCUAGACUUUGUAUUAAGAACCUAUGAUAUAUUGAUACGUUAAUAAUAUCAAGUCAAAAGAGCUCUUUAGGUGGUGGUGGUGGAAAAUGCUUUCUCAGAUCCCGUACUCGCAGACAUGACGUUUCAUUAUCAGGGAAUCUUGAUUUGAUUAACACCUCCAAGUAGCAUUGCCUAUCAUUCCGUUUACCCAGAAUCAGCUCUACUUCAGCAAAUUAACUCUUCAUCACUAGAUAACGCAGAGGGUAAUAGAGUGACCAUUCGUUUCUGUCCCUCUACUGGUAUAAGAUUGCAGCUAGCUUCUGAAACCAAUAUCGACUCACAAAGUGCUGCCGGUAAGGACACUGCUUCAUAUAAGCCAUGGAACUCCAGUUUCCUCCAUUUGUACUUGAACUGAAUGUGUAAUCUCCUUACGAACAAAGCUUCCACUGGUGUAUGUUAGUAAACCACAGUGGAGUCAGAAAUUUUCUCUCCUUCAGCUGGUGGCUCUAUGAAGAUUGACAUCAUAUACAUAUUUUGUCUGAAAAAUGUUUAACCGUAACAAUGAAAAAUGUUACCACAAGCUGUGAAGUAGAAAAAUGAUGUUGCAUGCCUUUGUAUAGGACAAGUAACGCCUCAACUCCGUCAGCUUUAUUCUUAUCAUGUGUAGCAGAUGCUUGCUCUAUCAUGGAUGUCAUUGCUGCAUUGUAGUCUCUGUUUCGGCAAACCCAAUCCUCAUUAAUACUGAAAAACAGCCUGAGAACUCUCUGUGCUGGGGCUCUGUUUCAGAAAACUUACCUGGCAUAGAAGACGAUUG